GAAAAAGAACACAAGAUCGGAUUACAAGAUGGCGGUCUGUGGACGUUAGCAAGAAGGCCGUUAGAGUUGUUGUGUUCUCUGUGAAUUUGACUGUUUAACAAUAGGCCUCCCGUUAAGUUGUUACACACCGUGAACGGAAUAUGUUUAUAAAAUAGCGACUGAUACAUUUCUCUCCUGUUGUGAAAUUCACUUAGACGUGCAUGUUGUGUAACAUGCGGGUGGAAACAAAGUUAACAGGUCGAGGGUAGAGAACACCAGACGGGGUGAGGUGAUAGCUUGUUAGCAUCCUGCUAGCCUGCUAGCUCCGACUCGGUUCACCAUGUCGGACACUCGGCGGCGAGUGAAAGUAUAUACGCUAAAUGAAGACCGUCAGUGGGACGAUCGGGGCACCGGACACGUUUCUUCUACGUUUGUUGAACGGCUAAAGGGAAUAUCAUUAUUAGUUCGGGCCGAAUCAGACGGAUCUCUACUAUUGGAGUCGAAGAUAAGCCCGAAUACUGCAUAUCAGAAACAACAGGACACACUGAUUGUCUGGUCGGAAGCUGACAAUUAUGACCUUGCCCUAAGUUUCCAGGAAAAGGCAGGCUGCGAUGAGAUAUGGGAGAAGAUCUGCCAGGUUCAAGGCAAGGACCCUGCCCUGGACAUUACCCAGGACCCCAUUGAUGAGUCGGAGGAGGAACGCUUUGAGGAGAUUCCAGAGACGAGCCACCUGGUGGAGCUCCCUCCUUGCGAGUUAAGCCGACUGGAGGAGAUCGCUGACCUGGUUACAUCUGUCCUCUCUUCACCCAUCAGGAGAGAAAAACUGGCCCUGGCCCUAAUGAGCGAAGGCUACAUCAAGAAACUCCUGGGUCUCUUCAGAGUAUGCGAGGACCUGGACAACAGGGAAGGCCUACAUCAUCUCUAUGAGAUUGUUCGGGGUGUCUUGUUCCUUAAUAAAGCGGCCCUAUUCGAGGUGAUGUUCUCUGAUGACUGUAUCAUGGAUGUGGUUGGAUGCCUUGAGUAUGACCCGGCGCUAGUUCAGCCUAAACGGCACCGGGAAUUCUUGACCAAGACGGCAAAGUUUAAAGAAGUGAUCCCGAUCACGGACUCUGAGCUGCGGCAGAAGAUCCACCAGACCUACCGGGUGCAGUACAUCCAGGACAUCAUCCUGCCCACGCCGUCUGUUUUUGAGGAGAACUUCCUGUCCACACUCACCUCCUUUAUCUUCUUCAACAAGGUGGAGAUUGUCAGUAUGUUGCAGGAGGACGAGAAGUUCCUUACAGAGGUGUUUGCACAGCUCACAGAUGAAGCCACAGAGGACAGUAAAAGGAGAGAGCUUGUGAACUUUGUCAAGGAAUUCUGCGCUUUUUCACAGACGUUGCAGCCACAAAACAGAGAUGCUUUCUUUAAAACUCUGGCAAAUCUAGGAAUUUUACCUGCUCUUGAAAUAGUCAUGGGAAUGGACGACCUGCAGGUGAGGGCAGCAGCUACAGACAUCUUCUCUUACCUGGUGGAAUUCAGCCCCUCCAUGGUCAGGGAGUUUGUCAUGCAGGAGCCUCAGCAGACGGACGACGAUGUCCUGCUGAUAAAUGUGGUGAUCAAGCAGAUGAUUUGUGACUCCGACCCAGAGUUGGGGGGGGCUGUCCAGCUCAUGGGUCUGCUCAGGACGCUCAUCGACCCCGAGAACAUGCUCGCUUCCACCAAUAAAACGGAGAAGACAGAGUUUCUGAGUUUCUUCUACAAGUACUGCAUGCACGUCCUCACCGCUCCUCUGCUGGCCAACACGGCACAUGACAAAAUCUCAAAAGAUCUGCAGGAGGGAUCAACUAAGAUCAACCCGGUCUGUCCAGACAACUUCCAGACGGCUCAGCUGCUGGCACUGAUCCUGGAGCUGCUGACCUUCUGUGUGGAGCACCACACCUACCACAUAAAGACCUACAUCAUGAACAAAGACCUGCUCAGGAGAGUGCUGGUGCUAAUGAACUCAAAACACACCUUCCUCGCUCUUUGUGCCCUUCGUUUCAUGCGCAGGAUCAUUGGCCUGAAGGACGAGUAUUACAACCGCUAUAUCAUCAAAGGGAACCUGUUUGAGCCCGUCAUUAACGCCCUGCUGGACAACGGCACCCGAUACAACCUCCUCAACUCCGCCACCAUAGAGCUCUUUGAGUUCAUUAAAGUGGAGGAUGUUAAGUCUCUCAUCGCUCACAUUGUGGAUAACUUCUACAAAGCACUUGAAUCCAUCGAGUAUGUCCAGACUUUCAAGGGCCUGAAGGGCCGAUACGAGCAGGAAAAAGACCGACAGAGUCAGAGACUCAACAGAUAUCGCAGAGAUGCACGGUCGAUGGACGAGGACGAGGAGUUGUUGUUCAACGACGACGAUGAUGAUGAUGAAAGCGAGGCUGUGGAGAAGAGCCGGAUGGAGGAAGACUUCGCCGACAGCUACGGAAAGUACAUGGAAGCCAAAAAAGGAGCUGCCAACGGAGCUAAUGGUGCCAACAAUAACGGGAAAGCUGCUGUAAGCCCCCCCGCCUCACAGGCCGUCACUCCAAACAACAGUUCAGCUUCCUCCGUCAAAACCGUUGUUCUUCCUGCCACACCAGUAGUGAAGACUGCUAUGGUUGGUUUGGUGGACUACCCAGAUGAUGAGGAUGAAGAGGAAGAAGAGGAGGAGGAGGAGGAAGAGCAGUCUCCAAGAAAGCGGCCCCGCCUGAGCUCUUAAGGCUAACUUUCCUCUGUUUGGUCGUAGCGGACGGACACCGAGUCCCUCCCCUCCUCCUCCUCUGGUCGUCUCAUUGGUCCUUGGCCUGCCUGUGCCACCUGUCCGUCUCGCUGAGGAGUCGGGCGAAGACGAGCUCCCACCUCACCCUGUCCUUCCUCAUCUCUGCUCCUCUUCUGUCCCUCGUGGAAGGGGAUGGACAACUUAUUUUCUCGAAAAGAAAAAGACAAAUCAGUCUGUUUCUUCAGCCUGUUGAUUUUACCUCUUCCUUUUACUCCUGUAGAAGAUCCCCAAAUCUCCUUUCUGAACUCACCCCCCCCCCCCCCCCCCCCCCCACACUUCUUCUGCUCCCCCUGUUCUGACCUCCUCCUGAACAACUUUCUCCUCCUCAUCCUCCAUCCAAACGUACCGACCAGAGAGCCUGCGGUGGACGUAUCGAUGCCAAGGCGGUUUCCAACUCUGCUCUGUUGCUAUAGCAACAGUAGCAAGGAAGCUGCGGUACUACCCCCCCCCCCCCCCCCCACAGGAGCCCUCACGUGUCCUCGAUCUGAACUCUCCCCUUCCAUCCUCCAACACCAAAAGCAAUGAGCUCCAGAGACAGAGGAAGCCAGUGUAUGAAGCGUCCAGCAGCCAGUCAGGCUAGCAGGACGAGCCGUCGGAUAGAGCUUGACUGGCUGAGCCGUGAGUGCCGCCCUGCCACAGAACUCUUCAAUUCGGUCGGGAAAAAAAAUGGUCUAUAAAGAAGGAAAAUGAUGUGUUGAGAGACGAGGGGGGGGGGGGGGGGGGUCACAAAUGACAAAAUGUACCAGGGUGAAAACUCGGUGGUAAUGAGGCUUAGAUCCACAGGAGCAAGACUCAAACCUACAAAAGCCAUGGCGUCAGUCCGGCCAAGGCACACACACACACACACACACACACACAACACACACAUGACGACGUCUCACACACAUGACGACGUCUCACACACAUGACGACGUCUCACACACAGGACGACGUCUCACACACAGGACGACGUCUCACACACAGGACGACGUCUCACACACAGGACGACGUCUCACACACAGGACUGCGUUUGCCAGAAAUCCUGUAUUUCAUGAAUUUGUUAAAAAGUACUGUACAGAUGAAUUUUUUUCUUUUUAAUCAUUUUUCCCUGAUCUAAUUUUCAAGGGGGGAGAGAGAGAUACCUGCCGACCUGUGUAUUUUUGUUGUUGUUGCACAAAAGGUGGGGUCACUGUUCACCCUUUUAAGUCCAGUUCAUUUGAUUAAAUGUAAAAUGCAGAGAAGUUGAAAAUGCUGGUUUUACAAAAACGUAUUAAAACUGCAGUAAAGUCAUUUUGCAGCCAACAAUUUGAGGAUGUCUGGAGUUUUGUAUUUUAGUGAAUCUAACUAUUUAGUGGCCUCGUUAAGAUGCACACAAAGCCCAGCCUUUGUUUUAAUUUGGUGACAAACCUGAGCUGUCGGUGUGCUUAGAGUAGAUUUAGUGCACACUCUUGUAUCAGGAGGUUCAAAACUUGGCACCCUUCUCUCUGACAGAUCUCAGGUUCAGAUUUAAUUUGCAUCAGACAAAAAAGAAAAGCUCCCCUGCUCUGUGCACUGUGACUCCGCUGGCUGGUGAAACAUCUUGCAAUUAUAACUGAAUGAAGAAUUCUCAUGAGCUACAAGGGGCUUUCAUUUUAGGUUUGACCAUAAAACAACUGCACAUCAAAAACAAGUCGAAGGACAUAUCUUUAAUUCAAACUAUGAUCAGAUGAGAUGUUUUUUUUUUUUAUUAGUUAUGAUGAAAAUGUUUUAACCCAAUGGUUGAUGUGCAGUUUUAGAGUCGAACGGUGUUGUUUAAGUGGAGUAUUUCGGACAUUUUAUUGUCGGGUUGAAAACAUUUCCCCCUGGUCUCACCACAAGCACACUGAGAAGCAGAUGAAGGUAAUCGAUAUUAGCUAAAACCACCAGAUCACACAGACCUAGAACUUCUGAGCUAUGAGCAGCAGGGUAGGAGCACAAAGUGAAAUUAUUAUUAUUAUUAUUAUUAUUGCCAAUGUGCUUUCAGGAGUUCAGCAGAACCCGAGCAGUCUGUCAGCGUCUCCCAACAACACGACUGUUUUGCUGCCCCUUGAUGAAUUUGUACCAAGUGCAUUUACUACCACUAUCCAUUCUUAACAUUUGUAUGACUUUAUUUGAUAAGUUUUGAAAUUAAAUGUGACCCUGACAUUGA